CUUCAUCCAACAAAACCAAGUGCACAUCGCUUUUCAGUCGCAGUUGAAAAAAUACAAAUAUGGCUUCGCUACCAAAUCCAAUUCAAGUAUCUGGCAAGCACAAUGCAAUUUUCGAGGCCUACUACAAACAGAUUGACCCGAAAGGAACCGGAGCAAUUGAGGCUAUGACUGCUGCUAAAUUCUUAAAGAAAUCAGGACUAAGCGAUGUAGUUCUGAGUAGGAUUUGGGACUUAUCCGAUCCCGCCGGAAGAGGAUACCUGGAUAAACCUGGUUUCUUCGUUUCAUUGAAAUUGGUAUCCUUGGCACAGGCUGGCCUAACCAUCAACAUGAGUAAUAUAUUCGCAGACACUGCUAAUCCUCCAAAAGUUGGUGACCUUCCUAAGAUUGUACCACAGCGAGUUCAACCAGUUCCAGUUAUGAACACGGAUUGGUCCAUGAAAGUGAUUGACCGUUUGAAAUAUGAACAACUCUUUGAGUCAUUGAAUCCCGUGAAUGGCUUCCUCGCCGGCAACAAAGUCAAGGGAGUCCUCAUGGACUCAAAAUUGCCCAUGGAGACACUGGGUAAAAUUUGGGAUCUAGCCGAUCAGGAUAAAGAUGGAAACCUAGACAAACACGAGUUCAUAGUUGCCAUGCAUCUAGUCUAUCAGGCUCUGGAGAAGCGUGCCGUACCCGAUGUACUCCCACCAGAGCUUCAAAUGAGAAAACCUGGAGCACCACCACCAAUUCCAGCACAACCAGUUAAACCAGCUCCACCGGUUGUGGCGGCAAUGCCUCGCGCUCCAAGUGGUGAAGGCUUUGGAGAUGGUGGAUUCGUGGCAAACUUUCCAACUGAUAUCGCUCCACCACCAGUGCCACCACUACCAGUCGCUGUACCACCAAUGCAACGUGUUCCACCACCAAUAAUCCCCAUGCAACCACUCAUCUCAACUGAUCCUUUGAUUCCAAUUGGUGCUCCGGCACCAGUUGCUGCAGCACUCGAUUGGGUUGUUGUGCCAUCUGAGUUGAAGCGCUUCGAGAUUAUAUUCCGUGAUUCGGACAAAGAUAGGGAUGGAUUGGUGUCUGGUUUGGAGGUGAAGAAUGUAUUUUUGCAAUCAGGUGUUCCACAAAAUUGUCUUGCUCAUAUUUGGGCACUUUGCGAUACAAAUCAAUCGGGAAAACUAACUCUUGAGCAAUUUGCUUUGGCUAUGUGGAUGGUUGAACGCAAACAAAAAGGAAUUGAACCACCACAAGUACUCACAGCGAAUAUGGUACCACCUUCAAUGCGUGGCAUUGUUCAAGGUGUUGAUAUCACUCCACAGGAACCUAAACCAACAUAUUCCAAUCCAGAACUAGAAAUGAUUUCCAAGGAAAUCGAAGAACUAGCCAAAGAGAGACGAGCUCUAGAAACAGAAAUUGCCCAAAAGGAAGCCGAUAUUCGUAUUAAGUCGGGAGAAGUUCGUAGUUUACAGAGUGAACUUGAUACUCUUACAGCUACUUUGAAACAAUUGGAGAAUCAAAGAGGUGAAGCUCAAAAACGUUUGGAUGAUCUUAAAGCUCAGGUCAAUAAAGUUCGUGAACAAUGCACGAAACAAGAAGAAACUAUCAACGAACAAGAAGGCGAGUUGAACUCGAAACGUUCGGAACUACAAAAACUCAAAGACGAAGAAGCUUCCCUCGAGAAGGAAUACGAAGAAAAUCGUAAGGAAUUAGAUAAUCUAUCAAGAAAUCUUCAAGACACUCAACUCCAAAUCAGUCAAGUACGUUCAAUGGUAACACAACUCCUAGAAUCCCAACGUGAAAUGACCGACGCCCUGAUUAUGUGCAAAGCAGCCAUUGAAGCAAAUCAAACCGAACUAGUAACCGAUUAUCAGUUGAAGAUUGAGGGAGAUUUAACAGAAGCCAGACAGGUUCUGGAGAAGAAAUUCACCGUCGAGCCCAAAGCCGAUGAUCCAUUUCAGGAGAAGACCAAUGGUUUUGGUAAGACCGACGCCUUUGCCUCGAAUGGCUUUGCUGCAGAUCCCUUCACAUCGAGCACAAACGGCACCACACGAGCCACAGGUGGUUUUGAUGACAGUAGCUUUAAUGCUGGUGGUUUUGAUGAUUCAUUUGGGGGUUCUGGAUUUGGGGCAGCUAAACAAAGAGAUCCAUUCGGAGCUGCGGGUGCUGCUGAUCCAUUUGGCGAUAAAAAAUCUACAGCUGUUACACCUGAGCCUGGGAAAGAUGACUUUGGAAGUGAUCCAUUUGCUGCCCUUCAUGCACCAACAGGCCAAGGACAAGUACUCAGUCCAAAUGCCCAACGUUCUGGGCCACCUCCAAGGCCAGAGUCACCAAGUCCUGCUCUACCACCAAAGAAAUCUAAACAGCCACCACCAAGACCAGCACCACCACGUCCUGUUCAAGGUCCACCACGUCCAUCUCAACCAACUGGUGAUGCCUUCGGACCACCAUCGGGAGGUGGUGGCUUUGCUGAUUUUGCUGAUUUCGACAAUAAGCAACCCUCAAUCCCUCCACCACAACCACCACCACCAAUUACAAUAACUACAACUUCAACUUCAUUAUUCCAACAACAACAACCACCACCACCACAACCACCACCCCUACAACAACCACCACCACUUCCAACUACCCCAACAACAAAUCAGUUAUCAGCUCUAGCUCCAGUUGUUGCUGUUACUGCUCCUGCUUCUGCAACUACUGUCCUCGGUCUAACAGGUCCAGCUGAUUUUGUUGAUGAUCCAUUCAAAGAUUAUCGUUAUGUCGAUCUUGCAAGCAUAAAAGAUCCAUUUGCCGAUGAGGAAUUUAUAGAACAAAAUAGUUCAGAGGAUGAGACAAAGAAGAAAACUAGAGUAUCCAUCUCAGAAUCACCACUUUCGAAUAUUUUCAGCAGUGAUACACCAAAAGUUGAUUCAAAUACAAAAACUAGCAGUUAUGAAUUUCUGGAUAAUUUCGAUGCAUUCAAUGCAAAUCCUAGUCCUGUGCCAUCAUCGUCUCUUUCAGGAGCCACCAAGACUUCGGCCCGCAACACUCCCUUCGAUAAUUUUGCUAAUUUCGAUGCAUUCGCUUCAGUACCACCAUCACAACCUACGUCAGCGUUGCAGGAGAAUACAGCAACAACUACUGCACCGGCAGACUUCUUUGAUGCUUUCGAUGACAACUUCAAGGAUAUUGGCAACAACAACAAUAAUCCUCCCAAUGUUAUAACUUCUGCAUUCGAUGCGUUUGGUGACAUUUCAAAGGCAUUUACCACCAACAAUACUUUGACUGAUAACGCCUUUGGCGGUUCCUCAUCGACAAUGAACAAAGUGACUAAGACCUCAGAUAUCAAAGUUUUCGAUGAUAUGUUCGACGACAACGCCUUUGAAGAUGACUUCUUUAAGAUGAAGAUCAAUGAUAACAACAACGUUGUUGUUGCAGCUCCUGUUCUUGUCAAUAACAACUUUUCAAAAUCAUCAUCAACAACAACAUCCUCAUCAUUGACGGCGGCAAAUAACGGUAACUUUGCUAAAUUUGACCUCUUUGCAGAGUUAUCAGACAGCAGUAGCAAUGAGUUCGGAACUGCUUUGAAUAAUUCAAAAAAUCUGAAUGUCUCGCAAUCGAAAGUCCAGAAGAAGAAUAACCUUGGCAAAAAUAAUAACAUAAAUGCAGCCGCAGCAGCAGUAGCAGGAAGCGGUGGAGGUGUGAAAGUUGCUGAAAAAUUCGCCGGUGACUAUUCGAAUCCGGAUUCGUUUGAUACGGACCUCGAGGAGGCUCUAAAGCGCAGCAUGGCUGAGAAAUAGAGUUAUAAAGAGUUAUUAAAUAUGAAAUUAUGUGAAAAAUGAAGCUUAUAUAUUUUUGUAGUUAUCUACUAGAUAAACAAUCUUAUUUAUCAACUCUCGUUCCAAUCCAUACCAGUGGUUAGCAGAUCCUGUGUUGUGUAGCGGUGCUUUAAAUUUAAUAAUACGUAAGAUAGGGAUUUUUGAAUCCUAUGAUAAUUGAUUAUAAACAAAUGAUGUAUAAUUAUGUAGGGAUGAUAUUUUUUUUUUAAUUAUUAUUUUGUAAAACAAAAUUUCGUUUAGAACGUAUGUGUUUUUCUUUUUGUUUGUUAAGAUAAAAUUCUAGUUCGCGAAAUGUUGUUUAUAUUUUUUCGUUAAAUUAUUAUUAUUAUUUUUAUUGCUGCUUAUUUUGUUUAUAUACUAUCUAAUCUAUACUUCUUUAUUUUCUUCAUGUUUUGAAACAAACUAGUCGCUUUUGAGUUUUUGUUUUGUUUUUCAAAAUUUAAAUAAAAGGCAUUAGUUUGAUAAAAUGAUAAUUCCAUUAUAUUGAUAGAAACUAUUUUAUGUUUAUUUAAAGGUUUCAUUUACAAUACAAAAAAUAUAUGUUAGUAGUUUUAGUUUAUAGAUAAUAUUAUUUUGUUUUCUUGUUUUUUUUUUUAAUAAACAAAAAUAAAGUAUUUACCUGCUUGUUAGAAAGAGAAACACAGACCGAAAGAAGGAUACAUUCUUCUUUAUUGCUAUAUUUUACCUUAAAUAAUAAAAUACAAAUAAAUGCAAAAGUAAAUAAUAAAAUUAAA